AGGAGAAAGAAGAGCAGCAGGGGCAGGGGGAGGCGGCUGCGGCGGGGUCGGGGUCGGGGUUACCCCGUCUGCCGUUGCCCCGGGAACCGUCUCGGGCGCUUUGGGAUCCAUGGGGCGGCGGCGGCGCUAACGGCGGCCCCGGGGGGACCGGCAGGGGCCAUGGAGCCCCCGGCACGGCCCGGAGCCGACAUCCUGCGGCGGAACCCGCAGCACGACUACGAGCUGGUGCAGCGCGUCGGCAGCGGCACCUACGGCGAUGUCUACAAGGCUAGAAAUCUGCAUACAGGAGAACUGGCUGCUGUGAAAAUAAUCAAGUUAGAGCCUGGAGACGACUUUUCAUUAAUACAGCAGGAAAUCUAUAUGGUUAAAGAAUGCAAGCAUUGCAACAUUGUCGCCUAUUUUGGGAGCUAUCUCAGCCGUGAGAAGCUGUGGAUAUGCAUGGAAUACUGCGGUGGGGGAUCCCUCCAAGAUAUUUACCACGUGACAGGACCUCUGUCGGAGUUACAAAUCGCAUAUGUGUGCAGAGAGACAUUACAGGGCCUUGCUUAUUUGCAUAUGAAGGGCAAAAUGCACAGAGAUAUAAAGGGUGCAAAUAUUCUCCUAACGGACCAUGGAGAUGUCAAGUUAGCUGACUUCGGUGUAGCAGCAAAAAUAACAGCGACCAUCGCGAAGAGGAAAUCAUUUAUUGGUACCCCUUACUGGAUGGCUCCAGAAGUUGCGGCAGUGGAGAAGAACGGUGGAUACAACCAGCUGUGUGAUAUCUGGGCCGUUGGCAUCACAGCAAUUGAACUUGCUGAGCUUCAGCCACCCAUGUUUGAUCUUCACCCGAUGAGGGCUUUGUUUUUAAUGUCAAAAAGCAAUUUUCAGCCGCCAAAGCUAAAGGAAAAAGCAAAAUGGUCAUCAACGUUCCAUAAUUUUGUCAAAAUAGCACUUACAAAAAAUCCAAAGAAGAGACCGACAGCGGACAGACUCCUUUCUCAUAGCUUUGUGGGGCAGCCUGGUCUUUCAAGAUCUUUAGCGGUUGAGCUGUUGGACAAAGUUAAUAAUCCUGACAACCAUACACACUACAAUGAAGUUGAUGAUGAUGAUUUUGAGCCUCACUCCGUUAUCCGCCAUACGAUUCGCUCUACAAACAGGAACAUUCGGGCUGAAAGGACAGCAUCAGAGAUCAACUUCGACAAACUGCAGUUUGAGCCCCCUCUGCGGAAAGAAACAGAAGCUCGGGAUGAAAUGGUCGUGGCAGCCGGCACCGACUUUGCUUCACAUUGGAAUCCUUUUGUUGAUGGUGGAAGCAGUAGGGGACUGCUUACCAAAUUUGGCGACGGGAGUGAAGAUGUUGAAGAGUCAACGCUGAAGCGAGCAGGGCCACCUCCGCUGCCUCCUAAGCCGAGAAUAAACAGUUAUCCCGAGGAAAACCUCCCAGAUGAUGAGAAAUGUCAGACAAUAAAACAUUUCCCAGACUCGCAGAACAGAGCUCCGCCACCACACAGGAGACAAAGCAUCCCUGUUUGCGGGCCUCAGGCCGAUUCUUCCCCUGUGGGUAUGACCAGCAGCAUCAGUAGCCCUGGAUUGCUCACGGCGAGAUACAGCGACUUAGGAAACGGCCAUGGCAUGCUGAAACUCAUUGAGGAAAAUGCAGAGGGGUCUGGACAAAUCCCCCAGCUGCCACGUAAAAAAGAGAAAAGAGAUUUUCCUAAGCCAGCGAUCAAUGGUUUGCCACCAACACCGAAGGUUCUGAUGGGAGCAUGUUUUUCCAAAGUCUUUGACGGUUGUCCUUUAAAGAUUAACUGUGCGACAUCGUGGAUACACCCAGAUACUAAAGAUCAGUACAUUAUCUUUGGCACAGAGGAGGGUAUCUAUACCUUGAAUUUGAAUGAACUUCACGAAGCAACAAUGGAACAGUUAUUUCCCCGAAAGUGCACCUGGCUGUAUGUUAUCAACAACACCUUAAUGUCCUUGUCAGGGAAAACAUUCCAGCUCUACUCCCAUAAUUUAAUAGCUUUGUUUGAACAAGCCAAAAAAACAGGAUUAGCUGCUCACAUUCAAACCCAUCGGUUCCCUGACAAAAUAUUACCCAGGAAGUUUGCCUUAACGACAAAGAUCCCCGAUACGAAAGGAUGCCACAAAUGUUGUAUAGUACGAAAUCCGUACACAGGACACAAGUACCUGUGUGGCGCAUUGCAGUCUGGAAUCGUUCUGCUACAGUGGUAUGAGCCGAUGCAGAAAUUCAUGCUAAUAAAGCACUUUGAUUUCCCUUUGCCAAGCCCUCUGAAUGUCUUUGAAAUGCUGGUGAUCCCAGAGCAGGAGUACCCGAUGGUCUGCGUGGCGAUCAGUAAGGGUGCUGAGCCAAAUCAGGUGGUUCAGUUUGAGACAAUCAACUUGAACUCUGCGUCCUCGUGGUUUACAGAAAUCGGUGCAGGCAAUCAGCAGCUGGAUGCCAUUCAUGUAACGCAGCUGGAAAGGGACACCGUCCUGGUCUGCCUGGACAAAUUUGUGAAAAUAGUGAAUUUACAAGGGAAGUUGAAGUCAAGCAAGAAAUUGGCCUCUGAGCUGAGCUUUGAUUUCUGCAUUGAGUCAGUGGUGUGCCUUCAAGACAGUGUGCUGGCCUUCUGGAAACACGGCAUGCAGGGCAAAAGCUUUAAGUCAGAUGAAGUUACCCAAGAGAUAUCGGAUGAAACCAGGGUUUUCCGCUUGCUGGGAUCAGACAGAGUGGUGGUGUUGGAAAGCAGACCGACCGAGAACCCCACGGCACACAGCAACCUCUACAUCCUGGCCGGGCAUGAGAACAGUUACUAAGCAACAGUAACCCAACGCACAUAACAGAGUGGAUUUGCCACGCGAGGAACAAAGAAGCAUUAGGAAACUCAGUACGAGCGGGACUGUGACUUACUGUUUCUUUUCUUGACACCUAAAUAUUGUCAUUUUAGGGUGGAAAUCAAUACAUUUUUCGCAGCUGGGAACAGCUGGUUCUGUCUCUUUGCCACUGUGUGGUUGGUUAUAUCGAGUUUGCUUAAUAAAAGCGGUGAGGUUAGUAGCCCUUUACUCGUUAGUUCUAGGGAAACGGAGCCUUUAACAAAUGGUUUGCAUUAAAGGUGCCAUAAAGUGUUAAAUAUUUUACUUCCCUUGGGAUUUUCCUCCUGUUCUGUAGAUACAGACACAGUGCUGGCUGUUUCCCGGUUUUAUACUGAGACUUAUUCUUAAUUAAAAAGGUUUGUGUAGGGAUUGAGAGGUAUCUGCAAAGCUUUUGGGUUUUAAAUCUGCCAUUCGGUAUGGCUUUGUAUAAUAGACUAUUUAAUCCUUAUUUAUUAAUCUGCUGCUAGGACGGUGUAAUGUAUCUAACUUUUAGCGAAGGAAGGUUGCAGAGCAGCUUACAGGUGUUUUUUUUUUACCGUUGUAUAAAGAUUUGAUCAUUCUUUUUUCUCGUAGGGAUGUAGUGCGUUACCGAGGGGUGCGUUACAACGUCGGUUGAUCUUGUAAAAAUGCAGUUUUGUACAACAAAAGUAUUUUGUAUUGAUUUUUUUUUUUUUUUUUGGCUUGCGGAAUUGCCAUAAAAGGGAUUUUCUUAUUUCCUACGAGCUGUAAGGUGUGUGUACACAAACCAGAACGUUGAUAGCAGACGUGUUGCUACGGGGUGGGUGUGUACAAUAAAACAGAUGUGUGCGUGUGCGUUCAGGUGACCGGCAAUGUGUAUUUAUAUAUAUAUAUACUUUUAUAUAUAUAUAAAAGUACAAUAGCUAUAUGCUUUAUUUUCAUAAAUUAGGGCUAAGCCUUGGGAGGUGAAAUGGAAAUUGUACCUGGUCGCCAUCCUUGAUGAAUGAAAGUAUCCUGUAUCCGACUGCCCACGACGUGUAGUUUAUUUAUGCUAUUCCGGUGGGGAGCCCGCAGCGUAACCGGCCUCGCCAGCCGUGUUGUUGGCACUGCGGUCAGUCCGACAGCCGCUCGGAGAGGGCUUUUCCCCGGCUGGGUAGUAUAAAUAAAUAUGAUAAAACCUAGUAUUCUAUAUUAAAGCUUUCGAUCACUUUUUCCCUUUCUCUGUUUUGCCACCUGCAUUUUUCUUUCUUUCUCCAUGAAAGAGUCCCAGCGGUUCCUUUCGCCUUCCUCAUUAAUUACACUUCUCGAGGUACCGUUCAAUACAAACACAGACUGACUGCAGGAGAGCAUCUGGUUUUACUACCUCACGUGAACGUGCUGGUUCUGCUGUCGGCAAACACGAUCCGCAGGCAGGUACAGCGGCAGCGCGCGGACAUUUGAACCCAGGGAAUUUUAACCGAAGCCCUGCAGCACCCGCUGCCUCUUGGGUGUCUGCGAUCGGCUCCCUUAGCCAAGGCAGGGCAGAACUUCGCACCUCACUCUAUAAAGCAGCCAAGGGAAGGGCGGUACGAGGGCUUUGCCGCUCCGACGGUCCCGCUGGCACCGUUUGGUCUCACCUCACUGGGCUGUCGGCACCAGACGGUGCGAUUCAUAAUGGAAGAGGGGCAGAGCCGGCCUGGCACAGGCGAGGACUCAGUGACGUCUGCUUGUUACCAGGGGCAGCUGCAGUUUGUGUUCUGGAGGCCUGGAAGGGAAAAAUAGACCUGCGCACAAUUUUAUCCACUUAGCGUUGUCAUUCAAAAUUAAUUCUCAUUACUGACUUGAUAUUUAAAUCAAGUUGAGCUUUUCACUUCUGAGACUGUCGCGAAGUUUAAUUAAUAGUGUACAGGUAAAACUUAAAAAACGAUCCGCAGUUAUGUUUUAAGUGGCCGGCUCUAACUUAAUCAGCGGCAUUGAAAGCAGGACGUGUAAUUUCUGUGUCUUAAAGAAAUCGAGCUCUCUAGUACUGAAAUUACUUCCCGGUAGGGAACAGCAGUUGGUGAUUAACUCUAAGGGUCGAACUCUGUCUGCAAAGACUUGAAAACAAAGACAAGGUGAGGCACCGGGUGGAGAUAUUGUAGGGUAAAUGCUUUCACUUAAUUUACCUCAUCCAGUGCAAACAGAACUCACGUUCUCCUUGCAAACACUUACAGAGCUCUAAGGAACUGGAGAAAUCUGUAAAUCAACUGGGAAUAUUGCUGGGGAGUAACUGGAGUAAAUGACACCGUCAUGCCAACAUCACGAGCUGAAGGCGUUUGUCUUUAAAUGACUGGUGAACCAUAAAACAACUCUGGAAAGCCCUCCUGGAACCAAACCUUUGAGCUGUGGAAGCGUUUCUGGUGGCACAUCCUGAAACACUUUCUCUGGUCUGGGUUUAAGGGCGUUUUUUGUGUGCUCUGCAAGAUCCUGUUCCCUAGCGUCCAACCUCACUUAGUGGUUUAGCGUGUGUCGUAGCUGAACCAGCCAGUCCGGGUGGCUCCGAGUAGUGUCGUUUGCAUUUGUUACUUUGGUUUUGUCCAUAUCUUUGUCUGGUUUUGUGACAUUUCAACCUAGGUUGAGAAAGCCGCGUGUGCGGGUUUGGAGUUGAUGACACAAAAGGUUGCUCACCCCUACUCUUGACGGACGUCAAAGGAUUCGUUAUUCGGUGCACAAGGUUCAUGUGUUCAACUUGAAAGCCUUAACCCAGGCUCCUGCUGCUCUUUCAAGUACAAACAGUGUUGAAAAUCAGCCUGUGGAUGAGUUCUUGAUUCAUCAUAACUGAGAAACACAACAGUAAUUGUGAUGAGACCUCUUUAAAAGCCAAAAGGUACAGCGCGCCGGUGAGCCACUGCGUCUCUGAAGGGAAAGGACAGAGGGAGAGACUUUGGAAAUGUACUUUUUACCUUCUUUAGUCGUUCGGUUGUAACGGAGACUCUAACUGCACUCCUCCAGUUUGCGUAACCAGGUGUCGUUCUGCGUAGUUUUCUGUUGCAGUUCAUUUCAGUCUAUGCCAAAUAAACUGUGCUGUAUUCCAUACCGGGACGUGGUGU